AUGCCACGCGCGCUGCGCUACUGCCGUCCAAGGCGCGACCCCGACGAGUCCCUACUCGCAUAUCUAUCCACGAAGUUUACCUAUCUAGCGGAUGCGCAGUGGCGUCAGCACAUUGCGGCCGGUGACAUCAGUGUCAAUGGGGAGACACUCACUGAUGGGUCCUAUGUGCUCCGACAGGGCGACAUGCUUCGCUUUGCCCCGCCGCGCUCCUUGGAGCCGCCUGUGGACAGCGAGCACAUCGAGGUCCUCUACGAAGACUCGACGCUGCUGGUUGUUACCAAGAACGGUAACCUGCCGGUCGCGGAGGGUGGUCGUUACUGCGAGAACACGCUGGUGGAGGUUCUGCGACGCCGUGGCACUGCUGCGUUUUACACGGCCUCCACGCGUACCAGCUUCGGCACAACGCAUGAGGAUACGGAGAAGGUGUCUGACUCACCCACUCACGCUGGUGAAAUUGUCGAGACCGCGGCUCGCGCCGAGGGUUCGACGGCGAUGGACGCGAGUGGCAAAGGCGCUGAAAUCCCUACUUCACCUCCUUCCCGACGGCGGCUGGAGGAUGGCUCGCACGGGAUUUUCGCGGUCGGCUCAGCGCCGUGUGCCUCUGUGCCGUCGCCCAAGGCAUCAACAGUGCAGCAGCGAAGCUCCCUCGAUCUUUUCACAGUCCAGCGGCUGGACAAGGAGACCUCGGGUGUGGUGGUGCUUGCAAAGAACAGCGUCAGCGCAAGAACUUUGGCGUCGCAACUGGAGGCGCAGACGAAAGGCUGUGCGGACGCAGUGGAGUCGCGACUGCGCGAGCGUGGUCAUGCCGUGGCGCUCAGCUCCGACGCCUUCGACGAAUUGCUUCGGCUCAAGGCGCAAUCAGUGCACAAGACCUACACGGCAGUGCUUCGAGGUGCUGCCCCAGAGGACCACACGUUUGUGGUGGUGAACUGCAUGGACUGCAUGGCGAAGCACCCCACGCACUCAUGGGAGGCGCAACACACGCAAUUAAAAAAGCUAAAAAUGUGCUGUGAGCCGGUGAAAGAGAUGCUCUUCUCACACGCAGCAGCAGCUUUGCCGCAAUCGCCAAAGGAGCAGCAGACGCGGUGGGGCAGGUUGGCUGUAACUCGCAUUCGCGUCUUGGCGAGCAACAAGAAGCUCGGGCUGACAUGUGUGCAGGUGGAACUUCUCACCGGCCGAAGCCAUCAGAUUCGCCUGCACUGCGCCGCUGUCGGUUACCCGGUGUUGGGCGACAAGCUCUACACGACGAUGACACCUGGAAGAGAGGGCGGUGCCACCGCAGUGUCCGACGCGGUGUACCUCGAGCGUGUUCGCCGGGAAGAUGACCCGUAUCUCCCCAUCGACGACGACGUCAGCGGCGCUGGUGGCAGCAGCAGAAGCGGCAAAAUGUGGUGCCGGCGCCACUUGCUGCACGCGACGCGGAUCAUCUUUGCACAUCCAGAUGUUUCGCCGGCGCGCUUGAUGACGUUCAUGGCGUCGCCAGCGCCCUUCUUCACCGCGGAUGUUCGUUUCGAGUGCGAGUAG